UUGGAGGAGCUCAAACUUAAAGAAGCUUCCUGCUAACGAGUUUCAUUUCUUGUUAUUGGUAGGUCUGCUAUAGUCAGUCUGGAAGGUUUGGGCCCAGGUCCAGUUUCGAACCAGAAGUGAGCCUCUCACCAUGCCAGCCUGCUGCAGCUGCAGCGAUGUCUUCCAGUAUGAGACAAACAAAGUCAUUCGGAUCCAGAGCAGGAAUUAUGGCUCCAUUAAGUGGAUCCUUCACAUGGUCGUCUUCUCCUAUGUUAGCUUUGCUUUGCUGAGUGACAAGUUGUAUCAACUGAAGGAACCUCUCAUCAGUUCUGUGCACACCAAGGUGAAAGGAAUCGCAGAGGUAAAGGAGGAGCUUAUAGAGAAUGGACAGAAGAAGGUGACAGAGAAAGUAUUCGACACAGCUGAUUACACCUUCCCCUUGCAGGGGAACUCUUUCUUUGUGAUGACAAACUUUCUCAAGACGGAAGGUCAAGUGCAGGGGCUGUGUCCUGAGCAACCCUCCCGUAGGACCAUCUGUAACACUGAUCGGAAUUGCAAAAAGGGCUGGAUGGACCCACAGAGCAAAGGAAUCCAGACGGGAAAGUGUGUAGUGUAUAAAGGGACUCAGAAGACCUGUGAAGUCUCCGCUUGGUGUCCCACUGAGACAGUACAAGAGCCCCCUCGGCCUGCACUUUUGAACGUAGCUGAAAACUUCACUGUCCUCAUAAAGAAUAAUAUUGACUUUCCUGGCCACAACUAUACCACGAGAAACAUCUUUCCAGGCUUAAACAUUACUUGUACCUUUCACAAGACUCGGGAUCCACAGUGCCCUGUUUUUCGACUAGGAGAUAUCUUCCAAGAAACAGGCGAUAAUUUUUCAGAAGUAGCAAUUCAGGGAGGAAUCAUGGGCAUUGAAAUCUACUGGGAUUGCAACCUUGACAAAUGGUUCCAUAGGUGCCGUCCAAAAUACAGUUUCCGUCGCCUUGACGACAAAAACACCAAGGAGUCCUUUUAUCCUGGCUACAACUUCAGAUAUGCUAAGUAUUAUAAGGAAAACAACGUUGAAAAACGAACUCUGAUCAAAGUCUUUGGGAUCCGUUUUGACAUCCUGGUUUUUGGCACCGGAGGAAAAUUUAAUUUUAUCAAGCUAAUUGUGAACAUUGGCUCAACCCUCUCCUAUUUUGGUUUGGCUACUUUUUUCAUUGAUUUUCUUAUAAACACAUACUCAAGUAAAUGCUGUCGAUCCCGAAUUUAUCCCUGUUGUAAGUGCUGUGAGCCCUGUGCAGUCAAUGAAUACUACUAUGAGAAGAAGUGUGAAUCUAUUAUGGAGCCAAAGUCGACAUUAAAAUAUGUGUCUUUUGUGGAUGAACCUCAUAUUAGUAUGGUGGAUCAGCAGCUACUUCGGAGAAGUCUACAAAAUGUUGAAGGUGAAGAAAUCCCAAGACCUCCAAUGGACUUCGCAGAAUUGUCGAGACUGCCUCUAUCAGUCCACAAACCACCCCAUAUUUCUGAACAUCAAGAGGAAUUAGAGUUGCUUGGAAAAACUGGUAGCCCAGAGUGGUGCCAAUGUGGAAGCUGCCUCCCAUCUGAACUCCCUGAGGAAAGCAGAUGCAUGGAGGAAUUGUGCUGUCGGAAAGCUCAAGGGCCCUGCAUCACCAACUCACCACUGUUCAGGAGGAUUGUUCUUUCCAAAGAUGUCCUCCAGUUUCUCCUGCUCUACAAGGAGCCCUUGCUGACAGUGGAUGGGAAUUUCACCAACAGCCAGCUGCGACAUUGUGCCUAUAGGUGCUAUACCACUUGGCGUUUUGGCUCCAAGGACCUGGCCGACUUUGCCAUCCUGCCCAGCUGCUGCCGCUGGAAGAUAAGGAGAGAAUUUCCUAAGAGUGACGGCCAGUAUAGUGGCUUCAAGAACAAUUAUUAAAAGCACAGGCCUGAUCAGUCAUAUUCCUGUCACCUUUGCCUCUAUCUUGAGUUUCACCUGCAAAGGUUUGUGGCCAGAUUUUCAGCCAGAGGGAAAUGUGUUUUGCUCUCCCACAUCUCCCUACAUGAGUCAGAGAGCUGAGUGUUUGGGAAAUCGAACCUAUUAAGGAUCCGCAGCAUGGACCAGGAGCCAAGAGAUUUACGUUUGUGUCUCAUU